CCCCUUCAUUGCCCCCUGCAACCUCCCCACAUUCACACGCCUUUUCCCUUGCUAGAUCUUUCAGAGAGAAUUACAGUCUAACUUAGGAGGGAAGAAAGGAACACUAAAGCAGAAGGGGACAUGGUAAGAGGGGUUCAUUAAGACUUCAUUCUGGAUAACAUUUCUGCAGUGUCCACCGUGUGUCCACGGUUUACCACAACUAGCUGCUGGAAAUUAUUUGCAGCUCUCCAAAAAGGCAAACAGCUAUGCGUUCGCGAAGCAACAGUCUGGAGGAUGUGGCAGAGGUGAAAUCAUCUCAGGUACAAGCUCGUUUACGCAAAAAAACAGCGGACUGUAAAGAGCCCUCGUCCAGGAGUAAAAGAGCUAGUCGACAUUUGGACAGAGAGGCCCUGGAAGACAAAGCCAGGGUACAGUUCAGACAUAUGAACAGCAGCAGCAGCAGCAGCAGCAGUAGGCAGAGCUGGAACAGUGAAAACAUAAAGUCUGGGAAAGGCAGGGACCUAUCCCGUGAUGACCUGCUGUUUUUGCUUAGCAUGCUGGAGGGAGAGCUACAGGCCAGAGAUGAGGUGAUCACAGUGCUGAGGGCAGACAAGAUAGACCUGGCUCUACUGGAGGCCCAUUACGGCUUUGUCACCCCUCAGAAUGUGCUCCAGGCACUGCAGAGAGAUGCCAUACAGGGCAAGGGCUGUGGCUGGAAGGAAGACAUCUACGAGAAACCCAUGAUGGAGUUGGACAGGUUGGUGCAGAAACAGAGAGAGUCAUACAAACAUAUGCUGGAACAACUGCUCUUGGUAGAGCAAGCGCACAAACAGUCACUCUGUAGGCUGGAGGAUGAGAAGAGGAAUCACAGCGAAUUCAUGAAGAAGAGCGAUGAGUUCACCAACCUGCUGGAACAGGAGAGGGAAAGACUGAAGCUGCUGAUUGAUCAGGAGAAGGCCUAUCAGGAGCGAAAAGAGGAGGAGAACAACAGCACGGUCUCUAAUCUAAAGGAGGAGCUGACUAAGCUGAAAUCAUUUGCUCUACUGGUUGUUGAUGAACAGCAACGCCUCACCGAGCAGUUGGCUCAGCAAACAGCGAAAGUUCAAGAGCUACAGAUUUCUACCACCCAGACCCAAGAGGAGCUAAACACAGCUCAGAUCCGGGCGCAAGAGGAGGAGAGUAAAGUCCUGCGUCUGGAGGCUGAAUUGCGUGACCAGGCCAGCCGGUUUCACCAGGAACAGGAAGCCAUGACUGCCAAACUGACCAACGAAGACGGCCAGAACCGACAGCUGCGCCAAAAACUCUCCACACUUAGUCGACAGUUGGAUGAGCUGGAGGAGACGAACAAGACCCUCCGCAGGGCAGAGGAAGAACUGCAGGAGCUGAGAGACAAAAUCAGCCAUGGAGAGUGUGGCAACUCCAGUCUAGUUGCAGAAGUAGAAGAGUUAAGGAAAAGAGUACUAGAAAUGGAAGGAAAAGAUGAGGAAUUAAUCAAGAUGGAGGAUCUGUGCAGGGACCUCAACAGAAAGCUGGAAAGAGAGUCCAACCAAAGUCACAGCCUGAAAGCAGAAGUGGACAUGCUGAACCAUAGAAUUAUGGAGCUGGAGAAAUUAGAGGACGCUUUUGGGAAGAGCAAGCAGGAAUCCAGCUCCCUCAAAUGCAGCCUAGACAAGGAGCGUACAAUAACUAAACAUAUGUGCAAUGAACUAGACGCCCUAAGAGGUAGGAUCAAAGAGCUUGAAGCCGCUGAGCUUCAACUGGAGAAGACAGAGUUGAUGUUGAAAGAAGAUCUAACAAAGCUGAAAACGUUGACAGUGAUGCUUGUGGAUGAAAGAAGAGCCAUGGCUGAGAAACUGAAAAUGAUGGAAGAUAAGGUACAAAACAGCACUGGCAAACUGCUGGCAGAACAGGACAAAGUCACAUCGGUGACUGAAAAGCUGAUCGAGGAGAGUAAGAAAGCCUUGAGAUCUAAAGCAGAACUGGAGGAAAAGAUGUGCGUUGUCAUCAAGGAACGUGACGAGCUCAGGAACACGCUGAAAGCAGAGGAGGAGAAAAACAUUGACCUACAAUCCAAAGUCAGCAUGAUGAAGAAAAGACUUCAGUCUUUGGAGGCUGUUGAAAGGGAGUUAUUGCGGAGCAAAGCUAAAGACGAAAAGAUAAAAGGACUCAUCCCGAAUCACUUCCAACAGGAAGACAACAAAGUGAAAGAUUUAACACAGGAGGUGGAGCGGCUCAGGAGGAAGCUGAAGGAAAUGAAAGUGGUGGAGGAUGAUCUGAUGAAGACGGAGGACGAGUUUGAAUCCUUGGAAAAGAGAUACUCCAACGAACAAGAACGGGCAAAAGUACUUAUGGAAGAACUGGAAAUCUCUAGAAAGGAGCUUUCGAAAUAUCAGCUGGCUGAGAAAGAAGAAUCCAACCAGGAACACAUUCUUUACAAGCGUCUGAAAGACGAAGAGGUCAAAUCCAGUCAUCUAACCAGAGAAGUGGAGGCACUGAAGGAAAAGAUUCAUGAAUAUAUGGGCACAGAAGAGUCCAUAUGCCGCAUGAAAACAGAACAUGCAACCUUGCAGAGGAAACUUACCCAGCAGGAAGUCAAAAACAAAGAACUUGCCAGAGAGAUGGACACCUUAACGAAAGAGCUGGAGAGAUACCGUCACUUUAGUAAAAGCCUUCGGCCUGGCAUGAACGGCAGACGCUUCUCAGACCUUCACGUCUGCACAAAGGAAGUCCAGACAGAUGCAACAGACAACCUGCCUUCAGAUUUUAACAGCCUUGGUUCACUGGAACGAGCUGUGUUGAAUGGAAAGUUGUAUGAGGAAAGUGAUCUGGAGGAACAACCCAAUUAUAAUGACAUUAACUUCGCUAAAUGCAACAAUGUCAACAACCUGAACAACAAUAUGAGGAGAGUCAGAGGUCCUUUCUUAAAGAAUAGAGAGCCAAUUAAUGGCAAAAUGCAACCAAAACCAAAUGAAACUCAUGUGAAGCAAGGGGAUGUAGUCCUCUGUAGUCCUCAAAGUCCAGGCCAACCUCUCCACAUCAAGGUGACACCAGACCAUGGCCAUAACACAGCCACUCUUUCCAUCACAAGCCCCACUCUAGAGAAUAUCCAGUCUUUCACCAGUACAGCGGUUAUCCCAACCAGUGGAGGCCCACCAAAACAGAGAAUUACCAUCAUCCAGAAUGCUUCGGUCUCACCGUACAACAAAAGCCAGGAUUGUCCAGAAAGUCCUUGCAUGUCUGAUUGCUCAGUGUCACCUGUGUCAGCUUAUUCCCAAACAGUGUCCGACCUCUCUAGUUCAAUGACCCCAGACAGAGCCAUGUCUCCUACUCGAAUAGUGCCCGGCACACCAGGAACCCCUGAAAGGCCACAGCCUGGAGAGCUGGUGGAAGUCACAGCGAGUCACACUGUGUUCCGUGUGUCUCCAGAGAGACAAAAUAGCUGGCAGUUACAGAGGUCCAACAGCUCGGGAGCAAAUGUCAUCACCACUGAAGACAACAAAAUUCAUAUUCAUUUAGGCAACUCCUACAUGCAAGCUCUGAAUAGUGUUUCUCGGCCCAUCAGCCCUUGCUAUUUCCCUGGGCAGGAGCAAAGGACUCCAGUACUAUCCGGUGGUACUCCAACUAAGACCAACAGCAAAAUCACAAGUAGCAUCCUGAUUAAACCCACUUCCUCCCCAAUCCCACGGCCCUCACAAAUUACAAUACCUCCUGAAGCAUUCCAAAGGUCUGGACCCACAAGGAUACCAAAACCUAAAGGCUGCAUCACACCGAAAGGGACAAACAGCACAGCCAUGCCUGCACAAAACAAAGGAGCGGCCCAGUCCCCCGUGAACUCCGAGAAGACUGUGCCUAACAUGACAAAAACCCCUGCUAAGUCAUGAAAGCACAGACAUAUUUAUGUAUGUUUUUUAUUUGUGUCUUUAUUUUUGGUGCAAAUUAUCUGAUGAAUGGUGCACUUAUGUCUUUGUUGCAUCAUUUUUGCAUAAAACCUUUGAUGUGAACAGACUACUUUGAAAGUACUUUGAAACAUGAACAGUAACCCAUAUAUAUCACAUAUAGUCAACGCAACAUUUUUAUUCUUUUUUAUUAAGUUCUCUUUGACUACUCGUUUAUAAAUGUAUGUCAGCUGUGCAGUGCGUAAAAACAUGGUGAUAUGUUUUUUUUCUUUAUAGCCCAAAUCUAAAUAAACUCUAGAGGGUAAUGGCCCUAUCUUACACCCUGUGAACAGUUUUAUUUUCACACCUUGUGCCUAUGCCAUUAAAAUAGCAUCAGAGUUCAGGGUGGUCUAGAAAUGAGGUGUGUUCAGGUAAAUAUCUGGCAUAUUUUUUAUCUUGGCAGUGGGAAACACAUGUGCGCCACUGACCGAUUAAAACCCUGACAACAGUCAACAGUCAGCUGCCCAAUCUUAGGCAUGCAGAAAUACGCAAAAGCACCGCACGGUUAAGAUACGAAUGUGCCAAAGUCAGAGCGCAUGUGCCUCUUGAAAGGUUUUUUUUAUUUCACGUUACGCCCAAAACACACCCAUUAUUUAUUAAGAGAAUUAGUACAUGCCUUUUGCACGUUUUGAAACAAGCAAGGCGUACCUAGGCGUAUCAUGAUACCAAAGACACACCGACACGCCCUAAAACCAGCUGUGCUAUAGGCCCUGAGACUGUCUUGUGACUAAAAAUCAAUGCAGAUUACAAUAGAAAACCUGCUCAUCUAGUACUAACAAUUCUAUCAAUGUCAAAAUAAAAUAAAUCACAUUUUCUCCACAUUCUGAAGGGACAUUACCUGAAAUUGCUGGCCUGUAUCUGCAUGAAUUUAUGCAUUGCACAGCUAAAACACAAUUGGCUGAUUAGAUAAUUGCAUGAAAGAGUACUGGUCCUCCAAAUAAUAGGUUUAUGAAUAAAUAUAGUUUUUAUACUUUGCACAUUUGCAUUUUUUUUGUAUGCCAAUUGCACAUCCAUGUAUGCCUACUAUAGACAAUCUGUGGUGCUACAAAUCUGUGAUAUGGUGACUAUUAAAGUUAGAAAAACAAAUCCUGGUCAAACAAAGUGCUCUUAACGUUCUGUAUGAGUUAAUGUAAAAGAUUUUAUUUUUUAUAUACAUAUGCUAAAGUAAAGAAAAUCAUAUAUUAAAAAUGCAGGUGCUAUGAGAGUGUUAUAUGACAUGCUUUAAAUAAAGUGAACCAAUGUGCA